AUAUACUAAUGCAGCCUUCGGGUGAUCAUGUACAUGUAUUCACACACGUGUAUCUUGAGAGUAUGAGGCGGUGGGAAUAGUUUCAUUCACUCUGUGUUUAUGAGACCUCGAUAAAAGAAUCAAUAUUUACAGACAUUUUACGGAUAUAAAGCUAGGGUGUGGUCAGUGUAAUCGAUCGGUGGGUACCCCGAGGUAUAUGCACAUCGGUGUCACAGGACAAUUAACGAUCUUCGAAUGCACAUGAGAAUCACGUGAAAAAAGGUUACGAAACCAAAGAUAAGGGACUGCGAUUUACAAUACUGCAUAAUUCAAGUCUGUAGCAUACCGGUAUUUGGAUUUUGUUGACAUUUUGAACACGUGACGUGACUGCAAGAGAUAAGAGACAAUAAGACAAUCGACGGAGUGUGUAGGUAAGGUACACUGUAUAUAUAUUGCACAUGAAUUGACUCAAAUCGCGUUGAUGUACACGUGAGGGAGAUAGAGUACAUAUGAACAAAUUUGACCAGUGCAAUAUUUCAGUUCGAUUGAUGUACAUCACACAGACCUGAGUGAGAGAAAUAACCAAAACGAGGCUCGAAAGAUCUGUGAACUUUCAAAAUGACGAGUCCAGGAAGACAGUUCCUGUUAUUGCUAAAGAAGAAUUGGCUUCUACAGAAGAGAAAAGUGUGUGUAACAGUAUUUGAAAUAGUUCUACCUGUAUUAUUUGCCGUAAUUCUAGUCUGCAUUCGACUAAUUGCUAAGAACGAGACUAUCACAGAUAAAACAAUAUGGCCGCCAUUCCAGCCCAACCAAGUGUGGUUAGAGGGUACAAAAAACCGGAUUUUAUACUCACCUAACACCACAGAAGUCAAAAACCUGAUCAACACAUUCCGCAAUCAUCUACCGAAUGCAUCAUCUCUAGAUCAAGAGCAGUGGAAUGUAUUUGGAUUUGAAAGCGAAGAAGAACUUCUGAAGUAUCACGAGAACAAUCCGAAAGCUGUCCGAGCUGGAAUUUCCUUCCAAAACGCAGCUUCCGGUGUACCUAACCACGUGGAAUACACUUUGCGCGUGGCUCGGAAACAGGUGUCUGAUAGAUGGGUCACGAAAAACGUAUAUUCGUUUUUCCAGGUUACUGGUCCCCGGAAUAACGAGACCACGGGAGGCAAUCCAGAAUAUCAAGAAACAGGUUUCCUGGCUAUCCAGUACGCUGUAGACGUCGCUCUGAUCCAGCAUUUCAAUUCCUCCGCUGAAAUAAACAACUACGACUUUUACAUGAAGAAAAUGCCAUAUCCUCCAUACACCAAGGACAAUCUUACCCCCAUCCUCCAGAUGUACCUGCCUUUUUUCAUCAUUUUAGGAUUCAUUUUGUCAUCUCUCCAAACUACGAAGGCUAUAGUGUAUGAAAAGGAAAAGAAAUUAAAAGAGUCGAUGAAGCUGAUGGGGUUGAACUCCUCCAUUUACUGGGCUUCCUGGCUGUUCAAGAGUUCUAUUUACCUCGUCAUUGCCUCGGCUAUCUACAGCAUUCUGUUCUCUAUAGAAGUGUCCGACAAGGGCAAGGUACUGGCGAAGACUGAUGCCUCCCUGUUUUUCGUGUUCCUGCUGUGCUACUCCUUGUCUCUUAUCAGUUUCUGUUUCAUGGUCAGCACAUUCUUCACCAAAGCUAACUCGGGUGCUUUCGCCAGUGGAAUAGGCUACUUCUGCACAUAUGUUCCAUAUUUCUUUCUCCAAAACCGAUACGAGACGAUGUCAAGGUCGGAGAAACUCGGCGUCUGCAUUCUUAACAACAUGGCAAUGGCAUUUGGCAUAAACUCCAUCGGAUUAUACGAAGGAACAGGCUAUGGCGCUCAGUGGGAUAAUUUUGCGCAGCCUGCGACUGUGGACGACAAUUUUUCAUUGCUAGACGCCAUGUUGAUGCUGUUAGGAUCAAGCGGUAUUUACCUCUUAAUCACGUGGUAUGUAGAUGGUGUAUUUCCAGGAGAAUAUGGGGUUCCACAGCCGUGGUAUUUUCCUAUAUCGAAAAACUACUGGUGUGGCACAAAACAGGGAUUAUCUUUAUCAAGUGAUACCGGGAAUCUCGACCCCAAGUACUUUGAAAGAGACCCUAAUGCAUUAUCUGUGGGGAUUAGCAUUAAUCAUCUAAGAAAGGAGUUUGGAAGCGGAAAGAAAAAGAAAGUCGCAGUGGAGGACACAAUGCUGAACAUUUUUGAAGGUCAAAUCACAGCUCUUCUAGGUCAUAAUGGCGCUGGCAAAACAACAACUAUGUCAAUGUUGACAGGUUUUCUGCCCCCAACGUCUGGAACGGCGACUGUCAACGGUUAUGAUAUAUGUGAAGACAUUAAAAAUGUGAGGAAGGAGCUCGGCCUGUGUCCUCAGCAUAACAUUCUGUUUGAUACCCUGACUGUUGAGGAACAUCUGAGAUUCUUUGCAGAGUUAAAGGGUUGUCCAAGUAAAGAUGUCAAUCAAGAGGUGAACGAAAUGAUACACGUUCUGGGUCUGGAAGCGAAGCGGAACAAUUUCUCUAUGACCCUAUCUGGUGGCCAAAAACGAAAAUUGUCUGUGGGAAUAGCACUGAUUUCCGGGUCAAAGGUCGUUAUCCUGGAUGAACCGACAUCAGGUAUGGACCCAGCGGCUCGGCGUCAAACAUGGGAAAUUUUACAGAAAUUUAGGGAACACAGAACCAUAAUUCUCUCCACUCAUUUCAUGGACGAGGCAGAUCUUCUUGGGGACCGCAUCGCCAUUAUGGCGGAAGGUGUCGUCAAGUGCUGUGGAACAUCUUUGUUUCUGAAAAAGUUGUACGGUGCUGGAUAUCACCUUGUUAUGGUCAAGGACAAAGAGUGCGACGUCUCGUCUGUUACUAAAGUAAUCAAGCAGCACAUUCCAGCGGCUGAAAUUGAAAGUGACAUCAGCGCGGAGUUGUCUUAUAUUCUGCCUUUCAACGAAUCUCAUAAAUUCGAGGAACUUUUCAUUGAAGUUGAGAAAAGAAAGUCUGAGCUGAAAAUAUCGAGUUUUGGAACGUCUGCCACCACGAUGGAGGAGGUAUUUCUUAAGGUUGGGGAAAGCAGUCAGAGGACAGAGGAAGAAAUGCACAUCCCCUCUAAGACAUCUCAGGCUCAUGACAACCCCACUUUCAGCAGUACUAGUGAUAUAGCCAACGGUGUUACUAAUGGAACAGCAAACAAAACAAAGAAUGGUUUAGUCGAAAAUCUAAAGGUGGCGAGUGGCGAUACAUUUAUAGGAUUCAAUACUGGUCUGAAGAAAAAUACCCAAUCAACAUUAGCUCUGCAGCAGUUUUUCAGCAUGUUUGUGAAGAAAGCAACCCACACGUGGAGAAACAGAACAGUGACAUUGGUGCAGCUUCUGGUUCCUGUGAUCUUCACUAUCCUGGCCCUUACCGUGGAGAAAGCUUUACCAAAGCAAGAGGACGAACCUUCCCUAUUACUGAACUUGAAACCUUUCCCAAACAGUGUUGCGUUGUAUGCUUCAAAGUCUGUAUUUCCCGAGAGCAGAUCUAUGGCGAAUAGUUACAAAAAAUUGAUAACUUCUAAAGGUUACGGAGUUUUGGAAGAUAACCAGGUAUCCACUGAUUUUGACAACUUCAUCAUCAAUAAAAACAAGCAAGUUGGAGAAGCCAAUUUCAAACGCAAUUACAUUGUUGGAAGUGUGUUCAAUAUAGAGAGUGCAGCAAGUUCGGGUAACAUUACCUCAUAUUUCAACGGUGACCCACUACACUCAAGACCAAUAAGCUUGGCACUCACGAUGGACGCUUUACUAAAACAUUAUACCAGUGAAAACCAUUCAAUUCAGACCACUAAUUAUCCUUUCCCAAGACCAUUGAAUGACACAAGCCGUGGUCUUGGAUACGCAACCAGAGGAACCGGUUUUACCAUCGCUUUCUGUAUGUUGUUCGGGUUAGCUUUCCUGUCUACAAGUUUUAUCAUAUUCCUGAUCAAAGAAAAGAUAACUGGAGCAAAACACCUCCAAAAGGUGAGCGGUGUGAGUUCAUAUGCCUACUGGAUGUCAAACCUGACCUGGGAUCUGCUGAACUACCAGAUCCCCAUUCUUCUUAUUAUGGUGUGCUUCGCCGCUUUCCAGACUCAGGCCUACACCGGGGAUAACCGCCUUGGUUUAAUUUAUGCCAUGUUUUUCUUAUAUGGUUGGGCGUGCAUGCCAUUUGUAUAUAUAUUCUACUAUCUGUUUAAGACGCCAGCUUCGGGAAUGGUGGCUGGAAGUUUGCUCAACAUUCUCACAGGUUUAGCUACGAUAAUGGCUGUUUUCACUCUCAGAGUUCCAGACCUCGGAAUUUCCUCGGACAUAUCGGACGCGUUUGAUUGGUUGUUCACAAUAUUCCUCCCAAAUUACUGCUUGGGUCAGACUUUGAUGAACAUGUAUGUGAAUUACGAAUACAUCGACACGUGCACGAAACUGCAGUAUGAGUUCGUAUGUUCCCUUUCAAAGCCACCGAUUACAUCGUGUUGUAGAGAUAUAUGUACAGAAAAUUGCUUAAUCUUUGAAACGAAUUACCUGGCAUGGGACAUCCCCGGUGUAGGAAAAUAUUUCGUCUUCAUGGCAGCACAAGGAUUUUUUUACUUGAUCCUCGUGUUCCUAGUUGAAUUCGGCAUCAUAAAUCGCAUCCGUUACAUGAUAUUCAACCGCGGCCCCGUCUCUGUGUCAUCAGAAGCCAGCGUCAACGAUGCGAUUCCUCGUGACGACGACGUCGAAGAAGAAAAACUCCGCAUCAAUAAGACCUCCAUUGACAGUCUUCUUAAAUCAGACUCGCUCCUUUUGCGGAACCUCAGCAAGACGUACGGGGACUAUACCGCUGUGAAAGAGGUGUGCGUAGGUGUGCCCCGACAGGAGUGUUUCGGUCUAUUGGGGCAGAAUGGGGCAGGUAAAACGUCCACAUUUAAGAUGUUGACUGGUGACGAAAUAGUAACUGGUGGGAACGCAUACCUUAAUGGCUAUGACGUCAAAGCGGAUCUCAAAAUGGUACAACAAAACCUGGGGUAUUGCCCGCAGUUUGACGCCCUCAUUGAUCAGAUGACAGGACGGGAGACGCUAACAAUGUACGCCAGACUAAGAGGCAUCGAGGAAUCUCAGAUCAAAAGUGUAGUCAAUGAAUUGCUGGACACCAUGAUGCUGAGGAAGUAUGCUGACAGGCAGUGUGGAACAUACAGUGGUGGUAACAAGAGGAAGUUAAGCACAGCCAUUGCUCUCAUUGGUGAUCCUCCUUUUAUUCUUCUCGAUGAGCCAACGACAGGGAUGGACCCAGCGGCCAGACGUCAGCUCUGGAAUGUUCUCUCAGAGGUCCGCGCAAGUGGACGGACCCUCAUCCUUACUUCUCAUAGCAUGGAAGAAUGUGACGCUUUGUGCACAAAGAUAGUGAUCAUGGUCAAUGGGAGGUUUGUUUGUUUUGGAAGUCCACAACAUCUAAAGAACAAAUUUGGUCAUGGGUACACUCUCAUUGCUAGACUAGGCCUGUCUAAAGACGGUACCACGACGCCAUCAGAACCUGUUAAGAACUUUGUAAAAUCCACUUUUCCGGACAGCACGAUCUUUGACGAUCACCAAGGAUACGUGCAUUUUCAGAUUCCGGACAAUAACAUAGCCCUUGGUAGGGUCUUUGGUGAAAUGGAGCGAGCGAAAUCUCAGUUCAAUAUUGAGGACUAUUCCGUACAUCAGACGACUUUAGAACAAGUAUUUCUAAGUUUUACUAGACACCAGGAAGCACCUGCUCAGGAGGAGAAGAAAAAGUCGUGCUGUCGUUGUUUGUGUUGCAUUUGAAUUUUUGUACAACCUGUGCUUUGGUUCUGUGAAAAGUCAAUCUUUGUAUGAUUUAGGCCACCUUGAAAACCUGACGCUGUUGUUGUAUUUAUGAUUCCAAUGUUGUCAUGUCAUGUUCUAAAACAAAUAUAUGUGUACCUUUUGUUAUUAAGUAUCUACAAAUCUUAAGUUGAAUAUUGUUUUAUCUAUAUACUACUGUAGUUUCAAAAAGGCCAUAAAAAGAUGUAUUCAUAUUUCGGAAGAUUUAGAUCACUCAGUGAUUACAAACUCAAUAUUCAAUUUUACUUUGAACAAAUGUGACAGUGUGAACUGAUAUUUCUUGUCUUUCAAUGAACAAUUAAAACGUAUUACUUAGA